CUUGUCCAUCACUUGACCGGUGCCCAGUUUUGUGGUCCGCCUCCAUUGACCCCGUCAGCCCCUAGCCCCGUGUCUUGGAGCCUGGAAGGAACAAUUCCUUUGCCAGCCCACAUUCCUCGGCUCGGUCCUCCCUCUCCGUUUACAUUGGCACGGGCGUAAAAGACCCCGCAAUUGUCACACAGACAUCAUCAGGGCAUUGGUUCUGAAUAUAGGUCCAGUACGACCCGGCAUAGCGACAACGCAUCACAUCUCAUUACAUUACAACCAAGAUGGCCGGCGACAGCAAGCCCGAAGUGACCGAGAUGGCUGGAGUAGGUGCGGCCGCGGCCAGGCCCGGCUUUGGAUCGCGCGUGGGUACGCACUUCAAGCGAUGGUGGUGGGUGUAUCUCAUCGGCUUGAUCGUGGUGGUCCUCGUGGUGGUGCUCCCUGUAGUCUAUGUCGCGUACCCGAAGAUCGCUCAGCACUUGGUCAACGAGUCGAACUUGACCGUCUCCAUGAUGGACCUCAGUGACCCAUCGCCUACGUCCUUCGUCCUCAACCAGACGAAUAUCAUCGGGACCAACAGCUCCUUCCACCCGACCAUCUAUUCCUUCUCCGGAGGCGUCAGUCUGGCGGGCCUAGCUGCCUUUGCGCAUGUCCAGAUCCCCAAGUUCAACGCCCACAAUGGCGUCGUCGUGGAAGUCAAUCAGCGCGUGAACCUUACCAACGAGACUGCGUUCGCCGAUUUCUGCCGGGCCGCCAUCAUGAGUGAGGAAUUCCAGCUCAACGUGUACGGCAGGCCGGGUCUGAAACAGGGUGGCCUCCCCAAGAAACCUGUCACCUACAACCACACGGCGACAAUGAAGGGCUUCAAUAAGCUCCAAGGCUUCGAGCUGCUCGAUAUGCAUAUCGGAACCAACAACUCGGACGGCACCAACGCCAAUGGAUACGUAUAUAUCCCCAACCCGUCCGUGAUCUCCAUCGCCCUGGGCAACCUAACCCUCAACCUGGCGGUCAACAACACCGCCAUCGGCCAAGCCUACAUCUACGACCUCACCCUCCGACCCGGCAACAACACCGUGCCCAUGACCGCCAACGUCAGCGAGCUCACCGUCGCCGGCAUGCUCAGCAACUACCCGGACUACAUCCUCCCCAUCGACAUCACGGGCAACUCCACCGUCUACAACAACCAAGUGAUCCCCUACAUCGCGGGUGCCCUGGCAGAGCUCGAGCUCCGAGCCGAGUUGAACGUGACCCAGGCAUUGAGUGGUUAAGCCAUCAUUUCACCAUUUCAUCGUUUCUUUCUUCCUUUUUAUCAAAAGGGGUUAGUAGGGUGUUCGGUGGAUUAGUUAAUGAAUUCAAACCCACCCCCCCAUCCGGACGACCCGUCCGUGUGCGCUUCCCGUUGUUUAUACACGCUCAUCCUCUCCGGAUGAACUAUUAUUGUGAUUCCCAUUGUUGCGUGUUUGAUUCCUUGGACAUGAAACUGCAGAUAAUAUAAAGCUGGAAUCCCAAUGCCAGUGAUGAAUGACUUCCUUAUUUUGGUCUUAGUAUAGUGUAAUAAUCUGCCACGAAGUUAUCAAUUACA